GUAAAUUCCGUGACAGUUGUUAGUGUAGAAGUGAUAUUGAAGUUUUUUACAUUCCAGGGUAAUAUACACCUUUUUAGAUUGUUCUUGAAAAUGACGGUUCAUUAGUAGAGGAAUUUGAAGUAAUGUGUGUGAUUGCAAGUAAAGCAGAUUUAAUCAAAUUCAUGAUGCUGCCAGAAGGAACCUCAUGGACAAAGGAAGAUUCUUCACCGUGUGCUAAUGGUCAAUUAUCAGUGGAAGAUUCUACAAAUAAUUGCGAUUUCGCAUUGUCACACUCUACAACUGAAGAUCGACCAUUUUCUGCUCCAAUUGUUUGGGAAGAAAUUAUUCCAAAAGACUUUAAAAACUCUACUGAAAAUUCCUCUAUGACGGUCCGAAAAUUAAUUCAUCAAACGGCAGAUUAUCUGAGAACUAUAAAGUCUGCAAGUUAUCCCGAGACAUUAAAGAUUGCCAAACUAAUUGUGGCAAAAUUUCCAAAAGCGUUUGAAAAAGUCACGUGGAAAGAUGGACAGAUAUAUUCUGACGGAGUAAAUGAACUGAGGACAGUAAUCUAUGAUAGAUUGAAGUACCAACAAAAACAAUUAUCGAUAAGAGGCACAAAAAGACGGCUCGCAGAUAAUGAAGACUGCGAUGAAUCGCCAAUAACCCGGAAAGACAAAGUUAAAAUUAUGAGAUUCGCAAAAGGCCAAGACUGCUAUGGGUGUGUGGCAUUUGAACCCCCAUUGACGGAGAAUGAAACCAUCGACAGUCAAAAAGAGAAAAAAAAGAUGCUUCUGAAAUAUUUUGAAGAGCAAUGCGACACUAUGAUUGUCACUGAGUUGAUGGAGAAAACAUAUCCUUCUCAAAGAAGGUGCAUCAAUCAUAGGGAAGAAAAUGACACGUCAUUGGGAGAAAUUUUGGAAAAAGAUUGGCCACAUUUAACAGAAGAUAAAUAUUUUAUUCAGCACGCAGACAUACUGUUAGGGAAAAAAGUCCAAGAUAUUUGGAAUUUAAAUUUAGAAACAAAGUCAAAGAGUAUUGUUUCUUUCUUUGAAGGCAUUAGCUUUCAGUGCAGAAAAAAAUCUAAUGUUCCAGGAUAUAUGGACAAAAUAAGGGAGACCUUAAAAAUUUUUAAGGAAAAAGAGAAAGAGGUCCAAAGCAGAUAUCCUGCUGCAUUAGUGAUUUUUCCUCUGAUAGCCUGCCAGUUUAAGGAAGAAGAGCUUUUUACUCUUAUGGAUCCAGUUUCAACAGAAGAUGAUAUUAAAAAUGCUGCUACAGAUUCAAGUCGGCCAGCGUUAAUUGUGACAGGGUCAUCCUUAUAUGAUGAAGCGUGCACUUGCUACGUCGUAAUUGAGGGAAGUAUUGUUUUGAAAAGCAAUAAUAUACUGAAAGGUGUCCUUCUUUUUCUUCUCAGCUACUACGUAUAUGGGUACAACUACCCGACUAGGAUGGCUGUGUCUUUAGAUUUUGUUCAACGCAUGUUGCUGGAUGUUAAUCCUCUGCAGGGGCAUAAAGGAACAAAAAUUUCAAAGAAGGCUGGCACAUUAAUUAAUAAUAUUAUUGAAUUUUGUAAAUAGUGUUAAAAAUGUAGAUUAAAUUAAAUUAGAUUUAAAUAAUUCUUAUAGGGUAGGUGCACCAAUUGUCGAUGACUUUGUGACUUUGAUAUUUUUUUCUCAUGAGUAAAUGUACUUAAAAAUUUGAAUUUUUUGCGCUUGGACGAAGAAUUUAAUAAUGCUUAAUCUUCAUCAUUAUUAUUAUUAUUAUUAAAUUUUCUACAAUAUACUAUUUAUCUAAAAAAAAUUACGACAAUGUAUAUAAUAAUGUUAUAA